AUGGACGCGUCAAACAGGACCAACGAAGACAACAAUACCCAAGACUCCAUCAACAACGACGAGGCACAGGACAACUUUGACAUCUCCUCAUUCUCUGCACCUCUUGGCGCACCCCCACUGCCAACCUUCAAGCCUCGCAAGAACAACAGAGUCUCUAUCUCAUACCCUCCCCCAUCAUCACCAACAGGAGCAUCAGAAUCCGUAUCAACAGGAGGACUGCCCACAACAGCAACGUCGUUGCCCUUGGCAGGAGGUGGGCCUCCAGGGCUCUUUGGAUCUUCACGCCCUGUAGCCACUCCCUCGCCACCUCCUCCUGCCGGGGGAAUGAAGUUGCCCCCACCUCCCAUGAAGGGUGCUGGGACUGGACCUUCACCUAUUCCUUAUACUAAAGGAGAUUUCCGAACUGCUGCUAUCGACAACCACUGGAACGACCCUCCUACCAAGAUCUUUGAGAAAACGGCCAAAAAGGACGAUGGGGCUGCGUACGACUUUGGACCUAUGAACGAAACCUUGACUAGGAUUAUCAAAGAGUGUUCUGCUAACGUACCUGCACCUCAAAAGCGGAUGUUUGAAGACACGGCCAAGAGACUCCAGUCCUUGCAGGAGCAGAUGCAGAACGGGACUGUCAAGGAGCGUGUCGUCGUCCCUCUGGGCGAAAUGAUUGAAGCAUUGUCGUCAAGGUCGUUUGCACAGUGCCAUGCUAUCCAUGCUAAGCUGAUGCAGACCGAGUUUGAUAGUGAGGGCAAAUGGCUUCUCGGGUUCAAGCGAUUGAUUGACCUCUACAUCACUGUGCCGCCCUCAUAG